UAUUUUUUUUCACAAACCCUAGCAGAAGCGCUGCUCCCUCCGGCAUCCACUCCUCUUCCACCUCUAACAUCCCCUACACCCCUCUCCCGAACACGCCGCCACGACAGUAGUCGACCGUAGUAUCUUCUAUAUUGGCAUCUAUUCAACGCCCAAAAAGAUGAAGCAGCAGAGAAAGAAAGUUGAGCAUUCCAGUAUGAAUUCAAAGGAUGAAGAUCAAAAGCUGAACUUCAAGUCUAUCUUGAAAGAUGUUGAAUUCUUAGGGUCCGCACAUAUGACUUGGAAGGAGAGGAAGGACUUGGAAAACAAAAAAGUGGUUUCUCUUGGGGGAAAGCCGCCAAAGAAGCAGAGACUACCACUCAGUGUGGCUCGAGUGAUGAUGAAGAAACAGAAAGAGAGGGAGCAAAAAGAGUUAGAAGAGAGUUUAAUACUAAGGCGAUUCGGGGUAAAUCAUGGCUCUAGCUCUAGAAGAGUUGCUCAAAGGCGCAACCCUGAGGAUAGGGUACUGAAAUCAAGUGUAGGUCACUUCCGGAAGGGUGUGCUUGAUGUGAAACAUCUAUUAAAACCCUCUACAUCAACUGUCCCUGAUGAGAAAAAGUUUGCUCCGCACAACAAAGGGGGGAAGAAAAAUACCGGCAAAAAGAAUAAGGGCAAGAAAAAGGGUGGUGGUAGGAAGCGCCACUAGUAUGCCUGCUAGGUACACUUCAUAUUAUGUUGGAUAAAGAACCAGUAUUCUGCAGAAUAGUCGUUAUCUAUUGAACCUGGGACAUUUAAGGGACUAACCCAUCUAUUAGUGUCUCAAUUCUAUUACUCCAGUGGGAGACUUACUGUCAUCUCAUUCAGUGGCUUUGGCAAAGUAGUUAAGCUGACAUUUCUCAUGUUAUCAGCUGCAGUGGAGUGAAUGGAGGGAUUGAAGGUGUAGAGGAUAUGCUUUCAUAGUUCAGAACUCAAGUGGAAUUAAAGAAGUUCUAAAUGAAAAGAAUGGAUUUAGGAUUUUUUUUUUCUCUCUUAUUUCAUUUUGGUUGUCCUGUAUUCAGUUUGAGAAUGUAUGUUUACCAAACUCAUACAUUAGUAAAAAAGAAAUACAUGCUCUAUGCUCUGUUGUUUUUUUUUAUUC